CCCUUUCUUCAUCUAAAUUAGGGCGAUUUAUAUGCUGCCACUUUCUCAAUCAAAUUAAGUUGCUAAUUUGCUGUAAAUUAAUGUAAUUUGUUCCAUAAGACUUCUUCCAUAGCUGUCAAAGCGAUUAGAAUUCGGUAGAAUUUUCUGAAGAAAGGGCUGAAUUUUUACUGAAAUUGAUUUGGUUGUGUUAGGUUUAUUGAAUAGAAUUACAGUUCUGAAGGUUAGGUAAAAUUAUAAUGUUAAAUUUAAUUUAAACUGAUCAAGGAAAUAGAAAUGAGGGAUUUUGGAAGGGUGAAUUGGGAGAGUGAGUUGAGAAGAUGGAAAACAGAGGUGAUCCUGAGCAGCAGAAACAGAAUAAUGCAUCAUUUGUUGUGAAAAUCCCUUCAUGUGAAGAGGUGGUUGAAUAGAGAGACUUUGUGAGCUCAAUAAUAAUGGGAUUUGGAAGAGUGAGGUGUGAAGACCAUUAAUAUGUGAAGAAACAUACUAUUUCCUAUUGUAGAAAAUAGGAGAUUCACAUUUACUAAUUUAGUCUAUUCUAUGCUAGUGCCGGUCAUUUAUAGGCAAUUAAUAUUAUUGACCAUCACACAAUUUUACACUUUGAAAUGUUAUAAAAAAAUAUAUAUUUCCCUUUCAAUCCAUUUCAGAAAAUUGUCACUUUCUAGAAAAUAAUAAUACAGGGCAAUUUUUCAUGAGGAAAAUGUAAAGUUGUUUUGUCAUUAUCAUGAUCAAACCAUUAAAGUUGUUAAAAUGUCCCACAUUGGUUGGAGAAAGAGGCAUGAACCAAUUUAUAAUGGCGAGGUAUCCCUCCACCUAUAAGCUAGUUUUAUAAUCAUUUCAAGCUUUCAGAAUUUCAUAUGAAACGUAGAUUAUGUUGACAAAAUAAUGUCUUUCUCAACUAAAGAAAGUUCAAAUUUAUUAGAGAAGCUUCCCUCAUUUUUCCACAAAAAAUGUGGAAAUUAAAUUUGCAUUCCAGUUGACUUAGACUUGACUUGUAAAAUGUCUCUGCCACAAUUGUUUUAGGUUUGAGUAUAAAUGGCAUUUGGUAGGAUUCUUGUUUUCUCACUCACAAGUCACAAUAUGGAUACAUUUUCCCCAUUUUUCCUUCUUUGGCUACUCAUAUUGUUCACUUGUCUUAGCCUUUAUGCUGCACAGAACACAACUGAUCAAAUCAAAAGUGAUGAAUCCAUACUUCUUGCCUUAAAAUCCCACAUCACUUUAGAUCCUUACAAUUACUUGAAAAAUAAUUGGACCAAUGGGACCUCUAUCUGCACAUGGAAAGGAGUUACUUGUGAUUCACGUCGUAGCAGAGUGACUAAAUUAGAUAUCUCAUACAUAGGGGUGUCUAAUCGGGGCGGGGCGGGUACCCUACCCGAAAAUUGCGGGUACCCGACCCCGACUUUUCGCCAAAUCCCCCACCCGAUACCCGUCCCGCUGCGACCGUCGGGUACCCUAAUACCCGACGCGGGUAUUAGGGUACCCGCAUACCCGCCUUUUCUGUGAUUUUUUUUUUUUUGGGUUUUUUCGAUUAAUUUAAGGCUAUUACUUUUCUCUUUAUUGUAUAUCAUCUUAUAACUACUAUUACUUAUUUAUUUACUUAAUUACGUUAAUGCUUCUUAGUUCUUAUAGUAUUUAGUAAUUUUUUAUUAUAAUCAUAAAAUAUACAAUAAUACAAACAUUAAAGUAGUUUCUAAUUAAUAAUUAAUAAACAUAAUGCGGGUAUUCCGUAUUCGGGUUUCAAUUUUCACGUCUGCAGCAAAGCAGCAGUUAGGGUAGAAAGUUUAUUUUUUUUUACUAAUUACUAAUUUACUAUUUAGUAUUUACUAUUAUUAAAAAUUAAUAAAAAUAUAAAAUUUAUAUUAUAUUAAUAACAAAUGCGGGUAUUCGGGUAUACCCGUUACCCGACGGGUAUACCCGAUACCCGCGGAAUUUUGUAUUCUGCUACCCGCUCCCGACCCGGUUCCCGUUUCUUGCGGGUAUCGGGUACCCGAUACCCGAUCGGGUAUCGGGUUCGGGACGGGUAACCCAAUACCCGCAUCCCGUUUGGACACCCCUACUCAUACAUGUUUCUCGAAGGAAGCAUUCCACAGGAAAUUGGAAAUCUUUCUUCACUUGAGAGCAUUAUAUUUUCAAACAACAACUUUAGUGGACAUGUGCCAAGACAAAUUGGGAAUAUCACACUGCUCAAGGAAUUAGACCUUAGUUGGAACAAUUUGGGAGGGAGCAUCCCCCAGGAAAUCGGAAAUCUUUCUUAUCUUGUUUAUCUAGAUUUGAGUUGGAACUCUUUUCAUGGUCGGCUACCAAAAGACAUUUGCAUGCACAAUAACCUUCAAAGACUCAAACUACUUAACCUAUCGAGGAACGAAAUGGAAGGAGAUAUACCGUCAAGUUUGUACCAAUGUUCACAACUCGAGAGUAUUGACUUGUCACGCAACAGCUUUGGUGGAUAUGUGCCUGCACAAAUUUGGAAUAUCACACUGCUUAAGGUAUUAGACCUUGGUUUGAACAAUUUGAUAGGCCGCCUACCAAAAGACAUUUGCUCACAUAAUAACCUUCAACGACUCAAACUACUUAGCCUGAGGUGGAACAAAUUGGAGGGGGAUAUACCAUUGAGUUUGGGUCAAUGUACACAACUUGAGAUUAUUUACUUGUCAAACAACAACUUUGGUGGAAAUAUCCCUCGAGAAAUUGGGAACAUCACACAGCUUAAGGAAUUAAGCCUUAGUAGGAACAAUUUGAAAGGUGGUAUUCCGAAAGAGAUUGGUAAUCCUAAUAAUCUAGAGGUAUUAGACAUGAGUUUCAAUUACAAUCUUAGUGGGCCGAUUCCAAGACAAAUUUUGAACAUCACAAGUCUCCGUGAACUAGACCUCAGCUACGCCUCUUUAAAUGGCUGCUUACCAAAAGACAUUUGCUCGCAUAACAACCUUGAAAGACUCAAACGACUUAUUUUGAGGUCGAACAAAUUGGAGGGAGAUAUACCAUUGAGUUUGGGUCAAUGUACACAACUUGAGAGUAUUGACUUGUCAGACAACAACUUUGGUGGAAAUGUCCCUCGAGAAAUUGGGAACAUCACACAGCUUAAGGAAUUAUACCUUCGCCAUAACAAUUUGAAAGGUGAUAUUCCGAAAGAGAUUGGUUAUCUUAAUUAUUUAGAGGUAUUGAGCAUGAGCAACAACAAAUUCAGUGGACGAUUACCAAGACAACUUUGGAAUGUCACGACUCUUCGUGAAUUAUACAUUGCCAACAUCUCUUUAACUGGUGGUAUUCCGAAAGAGAUUGGUAAUCUUAAUAAUCUAGAGAUGUUAUUCAUGAGUUUCAACAAUCUUAGUGGACCAUUUCCAAGACAAAUUUUGAACAUCACAAGUCUCCGUCAUCUAGAUCUCAGCAGCGCCUCUUUAAAUGGUCCAAUACCAUCCACCAUUGGAAAUCUAACAAAUUUGUACUGGCUAGAACUCUCUUCCAACAAAUUAAAUGGUCCAAUACCAUCCACCAUUUGGAAUCUAUCAAAUUUGGAGUAUUUAUUCAUCUCUUCCAACAAAUUAAAUGGUCCAAUACCAUCCACCAUUGGGAAUCUAUCAAAUUUAUAUGUAUUACAACUCUCUUCCAACAAAUUAAAUGGUCCAAUACCAUCCACCAUUGGGAAUCUAUCAAAUUUGGGGUAUUUAAGGCUCUCUUCCAACAAAUUAAAUGGUCCAAUACCAUUCACCAUUGGAAAUCUAUCAAAUUUGUGGGAUCUAGACCUCUCUUCCAACAAAUUAAAUGGUCCAAUACCAUCCACCAUUGGGAAUCUAUCAAAUUUGGAGUAUUUAUUGCUCUCUUCCAACAAAUUAAAUGGUGAGCUUCCAUUCUGCAUAUGCAACUUGUCAUCCCUUCAGUUUCUUCUACUCUCAAAUAACAGUUUGGAAGGGACAGUUCCACAAUGCUUUCGAAACUUGAGCAAAUCGUUGUCCAUAUUUCAUUUAAAUGCAAAUAAUUUUAGUGGCCCCAUUCCAUCAAUAUUUAUCAAAGGGUGUAGUCUUCGGUCCAUCAAUUUGAGUGGUAAUAAAUUGCAAGGAAGAUUACCUAAAUCCUUAAGCAAUUGCAAAAGUCUGAGGGGCCUCGAUGUUGGAAAUAAUAGAAUACGAGACAAAUUUCCGUUUUGGAUGGAAGCUCUUCCUGAGCUUCAAGUGCUCGUCUUGAAGUCUAACAAGUUUGAUGGUAACAUGUCGCUGGCUUCACGAAGCAACCUACCAUUUUCUAAGUUGCAAGUUUUAGAUAUAUCGGGGAAUGCAUUUGCGGGAUCUCUACCUCAAAGAUAUUUCAAAAAUUUUAGAGCAAUGAUGGAUGUGAACAAGGAAAAUCAAACAGAUGGUUAUGACUAUUUUUCAUAUUACGUGGAGAUGACAAUCACCUUGAAAGGUCAAGAUCAGUUAUUGACGAGACUGUUGGAAGCCUUUACCACCAUUGACUUAUCCUCCAACAAUUUCUCUGGGAGUAUUCCACUUUUCAUAGGUAAUCUUAAUUCUUUGAGAUACUUGAAUUUGUCGCACAAUAAUCUCAUGGGGCACAUACCUGCAUCUCUUGGAAAUAUAAGUGUACUUGAAUCAUUGGACUUGUCAUCGAAUAAAUUGGAUGGAGGAAUUCCAAGUGAAUUGACGAGGUUGACAUUUCUUGCCAAAUUAAACCUUUCGAUGAAUGAUCUCGUGGGGCAAAUACCACAAGCGAAUCAGUUUUCCACAUUUGACAACGAUUCAUACGUGGGAAACUUGGGACUGUGUGGAACUCCGUUGACGAGAAAAUGCAACGACGAGAAUGGGCAUCGGAUGCAGCCAAAAGAAGAAGAAGAAGAAGAAGAAGAUGAGUAUGGAUUUAUAGAUGGAUUUGGAUGGAGAAGUGUGGUGAUGGGAUAUGGAAGUGGAAUCAUAGUUGGGAUUGGAAUUGGUUGUUGCAUUAUUCGAUUUGGAAGGCCAAGAUGGUUGGUGGAAUUCUUUUUUGGUGUUGGAUAUACAUACAUGAAGAAUAAGAAGAAGACAAGGAAGAGAGCUAGAGCUACUCCAACACACAGGAGAACUUGAUUCAAGACAAAUAUAUAUUAUGAGCUUUUCUUUCUUGCUUUUUUGUUCUUUUCCGGAUUUCCGGAUUUCAAAUAUAUAUUGUUAUAAAAAUUAUUCAAAUAAUUAUUUAAAUUUUUAUUUUU